GGCUUUAGUAGUACAUGCCUUGCGCAGUGCAUGGUGGGACAGCAUUCCAGAACGCCCCCCUCCCUAGGAAAGUCAGUACUGCAAGCAGCCAACAACAACAAGAACACACCACAGCUGCAUGUGACUCCAGUUUCUUCCCUUGGGAGGACAACCAAAGCAUGGUCAGCAUGUUCCACCUGGGAUGGCUCGGUGGUACCGUUUUCAAUCGUUCCGUUUCGACUGCAGGCGCGGUUUUCACCGAUGUUCGCAGGUAUCUCGGCCUACUAACCUUCACCGAGCGCAUGAAAGACCAAUGGCGUAAGGAACAAGUUUUACUAAAGGAGAAACUUCUUGAACAAGAUACUGAAGAAUGGCAACAUGCUGACGAUGAUACCACGCUGUUUCAUGGGCUUAAGUAUGUGGCCGGCCUGGAUCUAAGCUAUACUAAAGAAAGUUCCGAGAAUGCUUGUGCAUCCCUUGUUGUGAUGUCAUACCCUGACCUUACGGUGGUGUACUCGGACUGCACGCCCGUACAAGUAACCGCGCCUUACGUUCCCGGAUUCCUGUGCGCUCGCGAGGUAGGCUUCCACGUGCAAAUGGUCGAGAGGCUACGACAGAGCGCUUCGGAGUACAUGCCGCAGGUUUUACUCGUCGACGGGAACGGGAUGUUGCAUCCGUCGGGAUUCGGGAUCGCCUGCCAUCUUGGCGUACUUACCGACCUCCCCACCAUAGGUGUCGCCAAAAACCCCUUCACAGGGUUUGACGGUAUGACCAAAGAAAACCACAGGACUGUUUCAGCCGAACAGUUGAAGAAAGGCGGAGACUCGUUCUUGGUUGUGGGAACGUCCGGAAAGGUUUACGGUAGAGCGCUGCUCAGUAAAGACGGGAUCACGUCGCCCGUGUACGUAUCCGUUGGACACAGGGUAACGCUGGAUACGGCAGUGAAGCUGGUAUACGCAUGCUGUCAGUACAGAAUACCCGAGCCGAUACGACAGGCUGAUAUCAGGUCUAGAGAGUAUAUACGACAACAUUUUGGUAGUGACAGCACAACUUAAGGAUAGAGGAGUUAUGGGUCAAAUGUAAUUGCAAGAAAUUAUUCACUACAAAUUUAGUACAGGUACACAAAUGUUUUCUCAAUGAACAUUUAUUCUGUGAAAAUUGCUUAAUCUAGUUAUAUUAUGUAAAAGUUUCUAUUUAAGAUUCUAAUGACUACUUGUUACAAAAACUUAUGAAUUUUAAUCCUCAGGUACUAUAUGAUCAAUACAGAAAUCUUUGAAACUGACAUGACAUAAGCUAUUGUUUCAAAUUCAAUGUUUUGAUAGUCUGAACAUGACAAUAAUUUAAAUAGAUAGGUUCCUUGCUACAAGCAGAUUUCAAAAGGACUCUUAAUGAGUGUUUGUGAUACUGGCUAUUCCUGUUGUAAUACAAACUUAGGGUCCAAAGAACCUGUCUGAGUUUUGAAAUAAAUGUAACAUCUAAUGGAAAUGAUAAAUUGUGUUUAGACAUCGGAAAAUAAUUUCAUUAGGUUGGUAGAACAUAGGAUAUAGCCUAGGAGAACUAUUUUUCCACAAUCAGUUUGUAAAGACAUUUUUAGAUGCAAGCCAUAUACAUGUAUCGUUAACAGUGGAACAUAAAUACAAAGAAAAAACACAGUGCAAAAUG